CUGGCAGUGACGGGACACAACACCUUUAAUCUCCCGGACAAACACGGCAUUUGAUCGACACCCUGAAGACAUUAGAGGAUAUUAACUUUGACGAGGAUUGGAAACUGCUGACGGUCCUCAUCGGCAUGAACGAUAUCUGUGAUUACUGCAAGGACAAGUCCCGGUUUUCAGUGGAGAACUUCAUCCACUACAUGAGCACGUCCUUGGAGAUGCUGAUGAAUGAGGUUCCUCGCAUGAUCGUGAACGUGGUCCAGAUUUUACCAAUGGAGCCUCUGAGGGAGGUGCAGAAGCCCACGCCUGGAUGUCUGCUUCAGAGGUCCUUCUGCUCGUGUCUGGUAAAACCAGCCUCAGAUUCUUCUGAUCUUAAAGAGCUGAUUGAGAUCAACCUCCAGUUCCAGAGAGCCCUGGAGCAGCUUCUCCAUACUGACCGCUUCUUCAAAAGCGACUUCGCCGUGGUUCUUCAGCCGUUCCUGAAGCACGCAGAUCCUCCACGACUUCCUAACGGGAAGAUUGACAUGAGCUUCUUCACCCUGGACUGUUUCCAUUUCACCAUCAAAGGUCAUGAAGAGUUGGCCAAGGGUCUGUGGAACAACAUGUUCCAGCCUGAAGAGGAGAAGUUUCUGGUGGACAGUUUUUCCACUCCGAUUCAGCUCAUGUGUCCUCCAGUGGAGCAUCCGUACAUCUACACCAAACCAGCGCUGUGAGAAGUGACUCCUUCAUAUGGGCAGGACCUUCACUCCUCAUGCUCCUCUUCUUCUUCGCUCAAGUCUUUCCUGUCCUUCUGAUCUUCUCGUUCAUUGACUCCUACUAGUCCAGCACACCUUCACUUAUUAUACCUUCACUUAUAACAGAUUAUCAAUGACUCCAGUCCAUCAGGAACCAAAACAAGAACAUAAAAGAUGUUAUUCAUAAGUAUUUAUGUAAUUUCCAGGCACAUGUAGCUUCUCUCUCAUAUCAGUCGCUGUAUGUCUGAUCAAAAGCAUGAGGAGAUUUCAGGUUCUUAUCAAAGCAGAGAAGACAGGACAUACCUGAGGAUGUUGUGGCCAAACUAAAACCUUCUCAGAUGAACUGAGGGGGCGUGACGGAGAGGAGAAGAUCUGAGCGUUCCUACAGGCUUAAAGCAAAGAUUUCAUUGUUCAUCAAAGUUUUUCAUACUGUUCUUCAUUGUUUAUGUUGGUCUGUCUGUGGUCAACGUCAUUAACAUCACCUUUCUGGAUGUCUCAUAGAUGACUGUGUUCCUGGGCGGGGUCUCGGCGUCGUACAGCCACAAUGCAUUCUGGGAUAAUGAGAUUAUGAGCAAGUGAAACUGUCAUUUUUUAAGAUGUUUUGAGAUCAAUGAAAUGUGAUUCUGCUAAUAAACACCAAUGAAAGUU